ACGCGAUUCAAGCCGCUCAUUGAACUUCGAACUUUGAAAAAUGUCUUAUAUUGGCAAUGUUUCCGACUUGGAAUGUGAAAAAAGUGAUACCAAUAGAAAUCGACCCUCAAAUUUGGUAACAAAAACUCAGGCACACAAAUUGUCCUCAGAACCGAAAUGGUCAAGCAAACGGGCAGUUGAUUCCGACUCCGAACAAUCAACUUCUGAGAACUUUCUUACUAAAGGUGCAUUCCUUUUAACGCCCUCAUAUGAUUUGUCGAUGGAACGUGCGGCACAAAUAUGCGAGAAAAUUACAUUUAAAGGCUGUUUCAGCUUGACAAAGACCGCCAGUGGCAUUCUCUUCAAGUUUUCCCAUCCCGAUGAUUACCAAGCCGUUUACAAGAAGGGAUUUCACAAAGUCACAGGUGCACGAUUUUAUCGCAAAAUAGCCAUACCAUGUAGGCCACGCAAGACCUUCACGCUUUAUGUGCUAGAUGUGCCAGAGGAUUUGCCUGUCGAAGAUAUAAGACAUUCCUUGUACAAAUUCGAUUCUGUGGUUGAGGUGGUGCGCCUGCACUUAUACCAUCAACCCAUGUCUUCCAUAACAACGGAAAAGAAUCUUGAAGGUGGUUCACCUUCUAAAUCGGAUGGCACCGAAAAACUGGAACGACCAGAGCGUAAGGAAUUACCUCCAGCUGUUAUUCGCAUAACACUAGCAUCUAUGGAUGAAUACAAUAUUCUGGUGCAGAAUGGCCUCAAUUUCUAUGAUGCCACUUUCUUCCCCACGGAGACCAAUAUUUCCCUCAAAGGCGCCAAAAUCGAGAACCGGCGAAGAGCAAUGGAUGGCAGUAUUCCCGGUCGUGUGCGAGAGCUUCUCCCUGUUUUCGAUGCGGCUGGCUUUUGUAAGCUACCUCCACCCACGAGAAAAUUAGUUAAGCCCCCAAGGUCGUGAGCCAUAACGGAAAUCUUAUUUUCAGCAAUGAAACGACGAUGCCAAGUCUAAUUGACACUAACCGCCCAUAUAUGGAUUCUGCAUCCGUUCCAUGUCUAUUACCUUUUAUGUAUAACUACCCAUAUAAUACACAACUGUAGCAAACGGAAACCAACUAAUUGUAUUUUCUAUUUCUAUUUCUUUAUUUUUAUUUGUAUUAAAUUGUUAUGCUUCUAUUAAUUAAUGAAAUAAUAGCUUUGUCAAUAAACCAAUAAA